CAGCCCGGGAUUGCAUGGCGUCGACUGACUGCGUUCGCUGACUUUCUGCAGCUUUCUUUUGAUGGAGACCCUGCUGGGAAUCAGCAAGGACUCAGCUGUUCGGCGCAGUACCGUGGCGCAAAUGCAACGCUGAAGUCACCAUGGGUCUCCCGAACCCUUUCCUUUUGCCAGCAUCAUCUGGUUACUAUCAUUUCUUUGGGCUUUUUCUGCUCAACGUGUGGCUAUCUCUUGCCCAGUUUGCCCCAGAAUGCUCCCCAGGUGGACAUCACAUACUUCAGAACUCUCAGCGCAGCAUUCACUUUGAUUCGAUCGAACUACAACAGUUUGCAAUCCAGGACCUGAUAUGUGAUCAUUCUCUAACACCAGGAUGGUACCGCUUCAUGAUUGGAGAUGAGCCAGCAGAAAUGCCAACCAAAUGUAUAGAAAUGAAUAAGUGUGGCACGCAAGCUCCCGUUUGGCUUUCUCUUGAAGACUCCAACUCGUUGCCUCGUCCAGGUGAAGUAAAGAAACUUACAGCCUGCGCUACAUGGCAAUUCUUCAUGGGCAGCAUCAAAGACUGCUGUUUAUUUCGGAUCCCUGUCUCUCUUAGGAACUGUGGUUCAUUCUUUGUUUAUUACCUUCAGCCUACUCAGGGAUGCAUGGGCUACUGUGCUACUGAAGCUAAUGCAGAAGCAAAGUCGCUGUCCUGUGCUCCAGGGGGAGUAAUAAUAGAUGGAACCUGUCAAGCUAAGCUACUCGAUCUACUUGACAAACCGGUGAUUACUCCAGAGUUAGUGGGUACCAGCAUCCAUCUGAAGUGCACUUAUGUGAAAUCUGCUUUAAACAGCACUGUAGCAUAUGUGGUGAUAUGGUCACGGGUUUCUCCACUUAACAUGAAGGAAGAGAUAAAGAGAGACACAACCCGUCAACUGUUCUCAUUUGUGGAGUUGGAUGGGAUGACUUUAAAACUGGGAGAUACGGUUUACUGUAGUGUAUCAGUCUUCUUGAGGAGUUCUCCAGAUAUACGCACUUUUCCCAGGGAUAGUGAACCAUUCUUUGCUGGGAUUAAGUUUGACCCAGUGUCUUUGCAAAUCAGAGAAGAUGGCAAAGCACAUACUUUGUUGAUCCAAAGUACGAUUCCAAUUGCUUGUCUGGAAGAAGGACAGAAUGUAAACAGUUGUAAAAUAACAUUGCAACUCACUAUCAAUGACUCAGACAGUCUGACCUCCACAGUGUUGAACAUAGCACUGUCCUCAUGCCAGGUGGAUUUGGUACAGAUGCCUGCUUGUAUGAGUGGCAGUUGUGCAAGAAGCUCACUCUCUGUGAUGGCCGUUACCGAUUUUGCACGAGAUGGAAAUCGUGUCAGCACUAUUAGAAUUGAGCCGAUUAAAUCAAAAAAUCUCCUGUGGCGGGGUUACUCCCCAAAGGAAAUAAAGGUGAUCGUUCAAGACCUCCCAACAGGAUAUUGUUAUUCUUUCACUGAUCCCCAUAUUAUCACUUUUGAUGGCAGACGCUAUGACAACCAUAAAACUGGGACUUUUAUUUUGUACAAAAGCCUUUUGCGAGAAUUUGAAGUUCAUGUGCGUCAGUGGGAUUGUGGCAGCCGCCACUAUGCUGUAUCGUGUAACUGUGGAGUGGUUGCCAGGGAGGGUGAUGAUAUCAUUGCAUUUGAUAUGUGCAAUGGGCACUUUCAAGAGACCAGGCCUCAUUUGUCAGUGAAAAGCAGUGGACCAGAGCCACAUCACGUCAAAAUAAUGGAGGCACACCAAGGAAAGAAGAUCACUAUCAUGUUCCCGUCAGGAGCAUUUGUCCGUUCAGAUGUAAGUGACUGGGGAAUGAGCAUAACAGUACGGGCCCCCAGCAUUGAUUUCAACAAUACGAGAGGCCUCUGUGGGAUCUUUGACCGAAACAGUAAUAAUGACUUUCAUGGUGCCGAUGGGAAUCUGUUGUCAGGUGGAUAUUGGAAUAACGCCCCUGAUGAUUUCAUUGAAGAAUGGAGAAUACAUCCAGGGGAAAGUUUGUUUGAUAAGACACCACCACCCUCUGAGAGAGAAAAAAGAAAAAAAUAUUGCAGUUGUCAAAAGGAAUACACUAUGUCUCUCCAUUCGUUUAAUAAGCUGACCACUAGAUACGGUCAUUCUCAUCUAUCCUCUCGUUGCCAGGCAUAUGACAAUGUAGAUUUGACUUCAAUGAUUCCUUUUUUGGAUGUUACCGCAGAAUACAUAAGCAAUCCGGAACUGUCAGUAUUCAAAAAGCGUGAUGUAACCCAGUCUUCUGAAGAGUCAAAAGGACAUAGAGAUCUGCAAAAAUACUUGGAAACACAUGGUUCCAAAGGCCAACCUUUUACAUCUACUGGUCAAUCAGUGGGGUAUUCCAGUUGGCCAGACAUAACUGAGUUUGUUGAACCAAAGAUUACAUUACAUAGAGUAAAAAGGCAAGGUUAUUAUGAAUACCUACCAAUAUUCACAUACCAAAGCCUGAGUCAAACUGAUCUGGAAAGCUUAACUUACUUUUUCCCAGAAGACCAUCUAUCCAGAAACCGGCCUGGCGUGCAGCCAACAUGGCCAACUCCGAGUGGACUCACGUCAGCCAAGGCUCUUGAGAUUUGCCAACAAACGCUUAGCAACUCCACUAUUGGUGUGGUGUGUCAAGACUUCCUUGGAAGAAAGCUUAUUGAGGCUGUGGAUCUCUGCAUUUUAGAUUUGCAACUUAAAGACGAUCUUGCAUGGGAGGAAGGGAUGCUGGCGUUUCUUGACAAUGAGUGUGAAAGAAAGCUUUUGGAAAAUAGGUAUAAAUGGACCCACAGAACAGAUGUUGAAGGAAUAGUUACAGCUCUCCGAUGUCCAAAUCGGUGCAGUGGGAAUGGGCAGUGUACAGUAUGGGGCUGCCGGUGUUUUGUUGAGUACAGCUCCCAUGACUGCAGCAUUUCUAAUGGUCAGAUUCCUGAGAUUACUGAUCUGGAGAAUGGUGGCCUGUGUGAUAUUCGAAUCUAUGAGUGCAACAGUAUUCGAGUAUUUGGUCUGGGCUUCAGGGACUCGCCCAGUCUCCAGUGUGAAGCUACUACUCUAAAGUAUGUGAAUGAAGAAUGGAUUCUGGGAGCUACGCAGAUAACGACGGCAACGUUCCUGAGUACCAAAGCUGUUGAUUGCCAAAUUCCAGCACUGACAAGUUUAACUACUGAGUCUGUGGAUUUCAUGUUUUCAGAUAAACCUUUUGCCAGGUGGCAAAUAAAGAUUACAAAUGAUGGAACCUUGUUCAGUAAUUCAAAAGUCCUAACACUCUAUGAUGGGGUUUGCCAGAUCUGUGAUAAUAUGCCUCAUGGAGUUUGUAAAUUGAAGGAGAAGACCUGUAAUAUAGAUGGCCUAUGCUAUGGUGAAGGAGACACAAAUCCAACAAGCCUUUGUUUACAUUGCAGGCCUGACAUAUCCAAAUUCACCUGGUCUAUAAAUGAAAACAAUCAGCCGCCAAUUUACCAGCCAUCUACAGCUAAGCUCCAGACCUUCUUUGGUGAAAAUUUUGUUUACCAGUUCACAGCCAUGGACCCAGAAGGAUCUGCAGUACUCUUCUUGUUAGAAUCUGGACCACAAAAUGGCAGCCUAUCACCUGCGGGACUUCUGAUCUGGAAAGUGAAUUCUCAAGAGUCUGGCAACUUUAGCUUUAGUGUAGCUGAUGAAUGCAAUGCACAAAGCACAUAUUCUGUUCAGGUUUUAGUGAAGCCAUGUGGCUGCACUAAUGGUGGAACAUGUGUUACAAAUAUCAAUUUCCCCCCAGGAAGUGGUGAAUACCUCUGUGUGUGUCCUGUUGGUUUUGAAGGGGAGCUUUGCCAAGAAAACAUAGACGAAUGUAAAUCAAAUCCAUGUGGUGUUGGCACCUGUGUGGAUGGCAUCAACAACUACUCAUGCAACUGUCCAGCUGGUCUCACAGGGUUUGCAUGUCAAGAAGAUAUUAAUGAAUGCAAAAAAGCUGCAUGCUUUCCUGGAGUCGCUUGUUUCAAUAAUUUUGGAUCUUACAAAUGUGGAAGUUGCUCAGGGACAAUGCAGGGCGAUGGCCGAUCUUGCAAACCCCGAACCUCUGUCCCACUGAACACAAUUACUUGUGCAAAUAAACCCUGCUUCCCAGGAGUUCAGUGUUUUGAUCGGAAACCACCUUCUGUUGGUUUUGCUUGUGGACGCUGCCCUGUCGGAUUCUUGGGCACUGGGCGAACAUGUAUGAAGAUCCCACGGCACGUUUCCCCACAUGUUGCUUCAAGAUUUCAUCAACACUGGUUUCCCACUCAAAGAAUAAAUAACAGGCCAGUUAGACUGCCACCAAUGAGCCAGAAAACCACUCCUGGCUUUACUCCUUUGACUGGCAGAGUGACAAUGGAGAAAGCAGUUACUAAAGCAAAACCAGCUCCAGCUCUCAAGACAGAUAAGCCAUACGCAACUUUGAACUUACCUUCUUCCAUUGACUCAAAGAUAACAGAUACUGCAGCUCUAAGCUCUGGAACCAUAUCUCAGGUUGCUGUUCAACCUAAGGUUUUACAAAAAACAACCACACUUUGGAGACCUGCUGCUUCUGCACUGCGAGCUGUGACAGCAUCGCAAGCCAUUUCCAUCACCCAAAUCAGUAAUGAGUUAGUUCCUACUGAGAAAAAGAAGACCUGUGCUGACAUGCCUUGCUUCAAUGGAGUUCCCUGUGAGCCCACAGAGUUUGGGGGCUUUAAAUGUGGACGAUGUCCUUUUGGAUAUACCGGUGAUGGUUUAACAUGCAAAGCUAUAUGCAGGUACCCUUGUGGAAAGAAUAUGGAAUGUGCGGCUCCUAAUACAUGUCGUUGCAAGCCUGGGUACACAGGGUAUAAUUGUCACAUAGCGAUCUGUCGGCCUGAUUGCAAAAACAGAGGGAAAUGCAUCAAACCAGAUGUAUGUGAGUGUCCCCGUGGAUACAAUGGCCUGACCUGUGAAGAUGCUCUCUGUAUUCCACCCUGUGAACAUGGCGGAUCUUGUAUAACCAGAAAUACCUGCUCUUGCCAUUAUGGGUUUGUGGGACCAAGAUGUGAAACAAUGGUUUGUAAUAGACACUGUCAGAAUGGCGGGAAGUGUAUUUCCCCUGACGUGUGUAAAUGUAAAGAUGGUUGGUCGGGACCCUCCUGUGAAACAGCUGUUUGCACCCCUGUGUGUCUUAAUGGCGGAACUUGUGUUCGACACAAUAUAUGUAUUUGUCCUCGUGGUUUCUAUGGACUUCACUGUCAGAGUGCUGUUUGUAGUCCCCCUUGUAAGAAUGGUGGUCACUGCAUGAGAAACAAUGUGUGCGCCUGUCCUGAUGGUUAUACGGGAAGAAGAUGCCAGAAGAGUGUCUGUGAACCAAUGUGCAUGAAUGGAGGGAAGUGUGUGAGCCCAGGUAUCUGUGACUGUCCAUCAGGCUGGAAAGGAAAGCGAUGCAAUCAACCAAUCUGUCUGCAGAAGUGCUUGAAUGGUGGAGAAUGUGUGGGAGCCAAUACCUGUCACUGUCAGCCUGGCUGGGAAGGAGUACUAUGUCAAAUCCCUAUCUGUGAGCAGAAAUGUUUGUUUGGAAGUAAGUGCAUCAGACCGAAUGUGUGUGCCUGCAGGAGAGGAUACAUGGGCUUAGCCUGCGCCAGAAAGCUUCCAGUUGGACGAGGAUAAUGAGCCUGAAUUGUCAAAGCUGCUUAUUCUGACCUGCGAUAGGUUAUAAUGGUGGUUUGCGCAGUGAAAUUGGGUGUGUACAUCACUGUGUGUAUAUUUUCAUAUCAGUGUGUCUCAGAGAAGUGUCCUGCAAAACAAAACUAUCACCAUAUUAUUGAAAAUAGUAAUUGCAGGAUGUAAAAGAUGUAAGUUAUUGUAUAAAUAAUAUAUAUAUAAAUAUAUCAGUUAAAUACAAUUUCCAAGUCAUGUUACAGGGUCAUAGAUUAUACUGUUCAUUCCACAUUUCUUUUGCUUAUAUUCCCCUGUCUUCUACUUCAUAAGUACAGGUUUUUUUUCUCGUGGGACGUAGGUUUUCAACCGAGACAGCUAAACUUCAAACUGCAGUAUGUGCAAGUUGUAUCUCUCAAUGCCUCAUCAUUGACUUACAAUAUACUUGUAUAUCAUAAUAUGAAAUUCAUUGAUUUAAUUGCAGUGGUGCCAAUACUUUACACUUUAGUUCUGAUUUUUGUUCCAUGAAAAUGCAGCUCCCAUUGAAGUGGAUUUAUUAGAUUUUCUUUCUCUCUGUAUGUUUUGCACCCUUAAGAUUUAAUGUAUAGUCCACAGCAUGAAGCUGUUCAUGACUUGACACCAAUUGACAGUCAUAUCUAGAAAGAACAAAGGUGACUAAAAGGAGAAAUUGAAAUGUCAGCUUGCUGCAUUGAGAAAUGGAAGUAAGGGAAAAUUUUUUGAACAAAAUAUAGGCUCCACGACUGCAUCUACCCCACGCCAUUACUUGGCUCAGAGUUGCUCAGACCAGUUUCCAACAUUACAAAAUGUUCUGUUGCCCUGUACUGGCAUUCCUUAGUUGGAUAAAGUGAGGACUGCAGAUGCUGGAGAUCAGAGCUGAAAAAUGUGUUGCUGGAAAAGCGCACCAGGUCAGGCAGCAUCCAAGGAGCAGGAGAAUUGACGUUUCGGGCAUAAACGUCAAUUCUCCUUCUCCUUGGAUGCUGCCUGACCUGCUGUCCUUUUCCAGCAACAUAUUUUUCAGCUUCCUUAGUUGGAUGUCAACAAAAUAUACUUUGGAAAGUUGCAUCUUCGUCAUCAAAGACUACACUUUACCUUUUGAAGAAUGCAAAUUAUGUUUGGCAAGGGUACCCAAACAAAUCCUUACUGGAGCCUUGAAAUAUUUGAGUUGUCAAUAUUUCAGUCAGUUUAUGUUAUGCAUUUGAGAAAUGCAAAUAUAAUUGUGUAUUUGAUCAAACAUUAUUAUGUGAAUUAUAUUUACAAAUUAGUUCAGGUCAUGCCAAUCCAGAUUCUCAAUGACAAUUAUCCUUUGCAAACAGUCAAAACUGUUUCAAGCCAUAAAAUUAAUCCACAUCCGAUACAAAGUGAAAACGAAGAGUGAAGAGUGUGAUCAAUUGGUGUCUUUCAAAGAGCAGGCACAGGCACUAUAGGCUGAAUGGCCCUAUUGUAUUUCUUUACACCAAAUGAAUGAAGAAAAUGUGAGGCUUUGCUAUAUAUAGGGUAGAGUGCAGUGAUCUGGAAACAGUUACCAUUUCAAUUUGACAGAAUGUUUCAUGUAACCAAAAAUGCUUGGCUCAUAAUUCUCAGUACUCCUUCAGCACUGCCAUGGUGUUGUCUUUUAGAUUUCGACAUGACACUUUUGUGUAGCAAGCCAGCCAGCCAGCCUUGGAAUUUUAUUCAUUUGAAUUUGGUACUAGAGUACUGCAUGCAUGACAUUCUUACAUUAAAUCCAUUAACAGUUCAGUGCAUAAAUGAAAAUCUAAAACUAUCCUUCAAAUCCUUUUCUGGAAGAGAUAAUAUUUGUAAUUUAACACAAAGGUAAAGGUCAGGUGCUUACAACUCUGUCACUGGCAACAGAAAUUUCAGGUCACUGGAAUGAUGGUACCAAAAGGGCAUUUAAUUGAAGUGUAGAGAUUUAGUCAGGUUUUAUUUUCCUUUGUUAUCACUGCUAUACUGAUAUUUCCUUCAACAGACAAUAUGCCGUAUUCUUUAAGCAAGGCAUCAUUAUAUCUGUGCUUUCACCAUUACAGAGGCAGGCUGAGGGUUAGUUGUGUUACUAAUUAAAGGAUUAAUAGCCUAUUAAGGCCACAUGUCAGAGAUUGAUUGGAAAUCUCCAAUUGGUCUGUGGGCCCUUUGGGGACAGAACAAUUUCUUCCACAACUUCUUGUUAGGAUUCCAGGGAGGCUUUAAAGCCUUGCCUACCUGUCUUAACACAGACUAUAGGCUGUGCUUCUGUACCAUUGUGACUCUGCUGCUGAACCCAUUAUUUGUUCAUUUAAACUUAAAAUUUGCAGAUAGAGCACAGAUGGAAAUGCCACCUAUCUUUUUACUCACUCACCUGAACCGAACUUGUUGUUGAGUUGGAAAGCCUCCUGUUGGCCCCCCAGUUUCGAGAUCCCAUGCCUACUAUUGUUACAACAAGGCGGUGAAUCUCUCUGUUAAUUAAACCAAUCACCUAGCCUCGUUACCUGUUAAAGUAUGAGUGACCAAGAACUGCCAAAUGCCACUAUUUAAAGAAAAAAUAUCAAUUUAUUCUUUAACACUAAAAAUGAACAUUAAACAAUAACUAUUUACAAAUCUAAAUCUCCUUUCUCCUAAGUGCUGUUUAUCUACCUCCAACUCUAUAACAAUAUACUGUUCCCAUAAACACCCCUAUUGAAAUUACAUCAACUUAAUUUUCAAAACCCUACAGUAGCUGUCGUCUCCGGUGACUGUCUUCCUCUGGCUGAAAAUCUCCCUGGGUCAUCUUUGGUCUUUUGCUGCAAAGAUGUUUCGUAUAAAGAGGUAAAUUUGAUAAAAAGCGAUUUACUAGCAGAUACUCUGACAAUGGCAGUUGGUCACUCUCUCUGGCUAACUCUCAAAAUGCCAGCUUCCUUAUAGCCCAAACAUCAGAUCGUCUCAUUGGUUCCGUGUUGUCAAAACAGUAAAAUUCAAAUUUGAUUGGGUUUUAGUAUCUUGGGCAUAAUUUAAACUGAUCAGUUAAAUUUGAACUGUUGUGAAAACAUAAAAACCAAAAGUCAGGUAUUUGUUUCAAAUUCAAGUGUUACAUAUUUUCAAUUUUCCGUUAUACUCUGAAAUUAUCAGUCACAUGACAUGUGCCUGCAAGCUCUCAGUGCAAAACAGCCUUCACUCUCUCUUAUAGGUACAGUACAUGCCUACAACUUCAUAACACUACCCUUAACUGGAUAGUCAUCUGGCUAUGAAUUGACCAAUUCAGGGAAAAUAUGGCGCGAUGUUAAUGAACUUUCCUCUGAUCCAGGAGGUCCAAGUUCAAGUCACACAUGCUCCAGAGGUGUAUCUUAACAUCUCUGAAGAGAUUGAUUUUUAAGAGAUUGACUGUGUACUGUGCAGGUUGUGAUCCCUGUUUGAUUCUAAUUCAAAACCCACUUCAAAAGUAAUCAAUUUGCAUUUAGUAGGUGCCAACUGGAUUAAUGCAAAACAUUAAGCAGCCUUACGAAUUUGAUGCAGUUUCUCCAUGAACUUUCAACAGCCCCUGUUAAGAUCUAAAGCAAUACAUGGACAUUAUUUCAUCCUGUUCACUCUUUACUACCUAUAACUAACUUAUUAAUGAUUGAAUGUGAAAAUAUUAGUUGGAGUUUUUGUACAAUUUACUUUUGUAUAUAAUAACAAAAUAUCUUUGUUAUUAAAUAAAAUCAUAUUUGUAAUAUUUCUUCUGGC